AUGGAUUGUGUGGAAACUGCCUCAGAACAUCCAAGCACACUGCAAGGUUGUGCCUAUCCGGGUAUUGCCACAGGUGCAACAGGAAACACAACACGUUGUUACAUGAUCCGCGUUCUGAUCAACAACGAAAUAGCUCAAUCCAGCAAAGGUCUUCCGGAUAUCAGUCAGCCCAGUCGAAUACAGCUACAGCGUCGGGCAACCAGCAGCCAGCUGGUCAACAAGCGGAAGGAUCAAGGUCGAAUCCGUCGCAAUCGAGUGGUCAACACAACGUCUCGUGUUCAGCUGUACAUCUUGCCAGUCGUGAAUCAGCAGUUUUCAUUUUUAACUGCGUUUGUCAACAUGGUAGACGCCAAGGGGAAUAAAUCCAUCGUUCGGAGUGUGCUGGACUCGGGUUCACAGUGCCAUUUCAUUUCGUACGAUCUUGUACAGAAGCUGUGUCUACCCCGAAAAAGAACUCCCUUUCCGAUUCUGGUUUCCGGAAUUGGACAAGCGUCGGCCUAUGUUACUCAUUUCGUAACGGCCGAUAUAUUCUCCCUCCACUCCGACUUCAAGAUUAAACUACGACUGUUCGUUUUACCGCAUGUAACUGCACGAUUACCAGUUCACAACGUGGACAUAACUGGAUGGGAUAUUCCAGAACACAUUUGUUUGGCUGAUCCAACGUUCUGUAACACAAACUCCGUGGACUUGAUCAUCGGUGCAGAACACUUCUUCAAGAUUCUACAAUACGGUCGAAUAGAGCUCGGUUGCGACCGUCCGCUUCUUCAGAACACUGCGCUCGGAUGGGUCGUGACCGGAGCGUGCGGUCAAGGACUGUCCCAACAAACAGUAUGCAAUCUGCAACAGUCGAGUCCACUGGAGGAAUUGGUAAAACGGUUUUGGCAGUUGGAGACGUGCCACGACUUGCAAGGUUGGUCGCCAGAAGAGCGAGCCUGUGAACAGUUUUUUCUCGACACUACGGUACGAAAUUCUGAAGGUCGAUACGUUGUCAAGCUUCCACGCCGGAAAGAGUUGAUUAGUCAACUGAGAGACAAUCGGUACAACGCCGAACGUCGAUUCAAUUCUCUUGAGCGCAGGCUAGAUGCCAAUCCAGAGUUGAAGCUACAAUACCACGAGUUCAUUCGUGAGUAUGAGGCACUCGGCCACAUGCGAGAAGUAAAGAGUGAUGAGUUGCAUGCCGAUCUGCAGUAUUUUCUCCCGCAUCACGCCGUACUCAAGCCGGAGAGUUCAACGACGAAGUUGAGAACUGUGUUCGAUGCUUCCUGCAAGUCUAAGUCCGGCCUUUCGCUCAAUGGCGUUCUUCUAACGGGACCGACAAUUCAAGAUACACUUGUCAGCAUUGUAUUUCGUUUCCGGAUGCACGCUUUCGUCGCUGUAGCAGAUAUCUCCAAGAUGUAUCGCCAAAUUCUCGUCCACCGAGCUGAUCAGCCGUUACAGCGAAUUUUGUUCCGUUUCUCUACGGAGGAACCGAUCAAGGUCUACCAACUUUUGACGGUCACGUAUGGGACGAACUGUGCCCCUUUCCUAGCUACCCGAGUGUUGCAGAAGCUUGCAGACGAUGAAGCUGAAAAUUUCCCGGAUGCAGCACCAGUUGUUCGGAAAUCGUUCUACGUGGAUGACAUGUUGGCUGGUAGCAGUAGUGCAGAGGAAUUGAAGGCCAUCCUCAAGCAAGUUACCGGAAUGGUGGAGUCAGCAGGAUUUUCCCUUAGAAAAUGGGCUUCGAACAGUAGUGAAGUUUUGUCGGAUAUACCAUUGGAGUUUCAUGAAAAGACAACCACACUCGAUCUGGACAACGAGAGCUCCGUUACUACGCUUGGACUGCAGUGGGAUACCUUGCGAGAUGAACUACGAUUCAAACAACCGAAGUGGAUACCGACGGACACCAUAACUAAGCGCAUCGUUCUCUCUCAGCUGGCAAGUUUGUUCGAUCCACUAGGGCUAAUCAGUCCAGCGAUUGUUAAGGCAAAGAUUUUCAUGCAGGCGUUGUGGAAGCAUCAAAUUGAUUGGGAUACACCUCUUCCUUCAGCUGUACAGCUGGAAUGGCGCGAGUAUCAGCAACAAAUGGCACACCUAGGACAAGUCAGCGUUCCACGUUUCGUUCUCCCUAUGAGAAACGCAAAUACUUAUGAACUGCAUGGGUUCAGUGAUGCGUCCGAAGCAGCUUAUGGCGCCUGCCUAUACAUUCGCUCCAUAACACCAGAUGGAUUUUGCACAGUGCGUCUACUAUCAGCUAAGUCCCGAGUAGCCCCGAUAGACAGCAAAUCUAUCCCACGCUUGGAGUUGUGUGCAGCACUACUGCUUGCCCACCUUCUUGAGAAAUUUCUUGACAGCGUUGAGAUCAAGGCAGUUAUUUAUUUGUGGACAGAUUCAACAGUUGUUCUAAGUUGGCUGGCUUCACAACCUUCCUCGUGGAAGACAUUCGUGGCGAAUCGAGUUGCAGAAAUUCAAGAACUAACGCCACAAGCUACUUGGAACCAUGUUCCAAGUGAAGAUAACACAGCCGACAUCGUCUCUAGAGGUUUGGAUUUAGCCACCUUGUCCAAGUCCUCUCUUUGGUGGAAUGGUCCAGGCUGGCUAGCUACGGUCGAUGGAGAAUGGCCGAACAAACCCAACGUUCAGCAAUUUAUGGAGUAUGAAGCGAAGAAUGCUGUUGCUUUCCCGGCGGUUUCAGUAGACGUUGAGCAGGACGUGUUUGUCAGAUUUUCAACUUUGAGGCGUUUGUUGAAUUUUGCCGCCUGGGGAUUACGAUUUGCAUUAAAUUGUCGGUGCGCACCCAAUCUACGCCAAACUGGACCCCUAACCAUCGAGGAGAAAAAUGAAGCAAUGCUGAAACUAGUGAAGCAAGUCCAAGAAGAAUACUUUCCUAGUGAGUUUGCUGCCCUCCGUGAAAAUAAGCCAGUUCCCCGAUCAUCGAAACUCCGUUUCUUGAAGCCGAGGAUUGUUGACGGUCUUAUUCGUGUAGGAGGACGAUUGCACCACGCAGAGAUUGACAUCGACGCAAAGUUCCCUCUUGUUCUGCCUGGCAAACAUCAUUUCACAAAUCUCAUUGCCUGGGCGGAGCACUAUAAAACGCUACACGGGGGACCACAGCUCUUGCUUUCAACUAUGCGACAACGAUUCUGGCCCCUCGGCGGCCGCAUUAUGGUACGUAGAAUAGUCCAUUCAUGCGUCACCUGUACCAGAGCGAAGCCACAAGUAUUGCAGCAGCUAAUAGGAAACCUCCCACACGAUAGAGUAACCGGCAAUUUCGUAUUCCAGAGUGUUGGAGUGGACUUUGUAGGUCCAAUGUAUCUGCGAUCUGGAGUACGCUUUUCUCGGCAAGUCAAAGGAUACAUUGCCAUUUUCGUCUGCCUUGCCACAAAGGCGGCCCAUUUUGAGCUGGUAAUGAGUUUGACCACUUCAGCUUUUGUGGCAGCUCUCAAGAGAUUCAUCUCACGUCGGGGAAAGCCGGCGAACGUUUAUUGCGACAAUGCGAAGAACUUUCGAGGAGCGAGCACACAGCUGGAAGCACUACGCAAGCUAUUCAUCUCACAAAAUCACAAAAAGGAAAUCCUCUGUUUUUGUGAAUUAAACGGCAUUCGCUUUCACUUCAUUCCGCCAAGAUCUCCGUCAUUCGGUGGUUUAUGGGAAGCGUGUGUCAAGUCAACAAAAUUCCACCUGCGUCGCAUUGUUGGUAAGGCCCAGCUGAACAAGGAGCAAUUUGAAACAGUACUUGCCGAAAUUGAAGCGUGCCUUAAUUCUCGACCAAUCACUCCAUUGUCAAUGGAUCCGUCGGACCUUCAAGCACUAACUCCCGGUCAUUUCAUUAUCGGCCGACCGAUGAACGCUAUGCCCGAACCUGACCUGACAGCAGCUCCACCGAACCGACUUACCGGCUGGCAACACAUGCAGCAGAUAGCCCAGCACUUCUGGAAGCGCUGGCACAGCGAAUACCUUUCUUCGCUGCAGCAAUGCUACCGAUGGUCUACCGCAACCCGAAAUCUAGUAGUCGGCUCUAUAGUAGUCGUCAAAGAGGACAACCUGCCCCCAUUGACGUGGCCGUUAGCAAGGGUCAUCGACGUUCACCCUGGAGCAGAUGGUUUGGUACGAGUGGCGACAGUGCGUACAGCAAAAGGAACGUACAAGCGAGCGAUUUCCAAGCUCUGCUUGUUACCAGUGGAAGUCGAUACGACAUCGUCCCCACCACAUAGAAUGGCGGCCGGCUCGUCAACAGGUGACGAUCAAACAGAAACAACGUUGUCGCAGCAUCGACUCAGAGCGACGAGGAGGGCUCUAUUGGAGCAUCAAGCUAGAACCAAUCAGCCGGUGGUUCAAUUGGUUGAUAUCCGGCAACAUCAUCAGCAGCAGUAA